AUGGUACUUGAUAGCAUUACUAUUGAAGUUUUUGAGAGAAAAUGGACAGAAUAUAUUGCAAGGUAUAAUUUGCAUACAAGGACUUGGUUCAACAAGCUUUACUUUGAGAAGGAAAAAUUGGUUCCUGUGUACCUUGAUGUGUAUUUUUGGGUUGGUAUGCUAUCUAUGCAAAGAAGUGAGGGGAUGCAUGCAUUCUUUGAUGGAUAUAUUACCCGUCAAAGCACUCUUAGGAUGUUUGUUCACCAGUAUGAGUUAGCUAUAAGAGCUAAGCUUGAGAAAGAGUUGGAAGCGGAAUACAGGUCAAAGGGCUUUCAAAUUGUGUGUGAGUUAAUGUUCAAGUGGGAGGAGCAAGCAAUUCAGUGUUAUACGCGUACGGUGUAUGAGUUUUUCAAGCCACAACUAAGGAAAUGGUAUCAUUGUGAAGUCAGCAGCCGCGGGGAUCAUCAAUUUGUCCCUGGUGUUGAGAAAUUCAUCCUGCAAAGGUUCGAGUCUAGAGGGAUACUUUGUUGCCAUAUACUCAAGAUAUUGUCGCACAAGAAGAUUGAUAAAAUUGAUGAAAGUUGGCCAAACAUGACUCCUGAGCACAAGACAUACAGGAGCAUGUUGAAGUAUUUUGCCAUGGCUUGUGAUAUAGCACUGUGCACUAGCGUGAAGGUUCAGUAUGUUAAGCAUAAUUUGAAGAAGAUGGUGCAUGAUCUUCAAAACUGGGAAGACGAAAUGAUCGUGCCAAACCCCAACAAGGAUGACUCAGAUAAAACUGAAGGCACAACUCUACGAUAUCCCUAG